AUGGCCUUCAACGACCUCCUGCAGCAGGUGGGGGGUGUCGGCCGCUUCCAGCAGAUCCAGGUCACGCUGGUGGUCCUCCCCCUGCUCCUGAUGGCCUCCCACAACACCCUGCAGAACUUCACCGCGGCCAUCCCUACCCACCACUGCCGCCCGCCUGCCGACGCCAACCUCAGCCAGGACGGGGAGCUGGAGGCCUGGCUGCCCCGGGACGGGCAGGGGCAGCUCGAGUCCUGCCUCCUCUUCACCGUCCCCCGUCAGGGACCGCCUUUUCCCAACGGCACAGAGACCAACGGCACGGGGGCCACAGAGCCGUGCACCAAUGGCUGGAUCUAUGACAACAGCACCUUCCCGUCCACCAUCGUGACCGAGUGGGACCUCGUGUGCUCUAACAGGGCCUUACGCCAGCUGGCCCAGUCCUUGUACAUGGUAGGGGUGCUUCUCGGAGCCAUGGUGUUCGGCUACCUGGCAGACAGGCUGGGCCGCCGCAAGUUGCUGAUCUUGAACUAUCUGCAGACGGCCGUGUCAGGAACCUGCGCAGCCUUCGCUCCCAACUUCCCCGUCUACUGUGCCUUCCGGCUCCUCUCCGGCAUGUCGCUGGCUGGCAUCGCUCUCAACUGCAUGACACUGAAUGUGGAGUGGAUGCCCAUCCACACGCGGGCUUGUGUGGGCACCCUGACUGGCUAUGUCUACAGCCUGGGCCAGUUUCUGCUGGCCGGUGUGGCCUUGGCCGUGCCCCACUGGCGCCACCUGCAGCUCCUGGUCUCCGUGCCCUUUUUCGCCUUCUUCAUCUACUCCUGGUUCUUCAUCGAGUCAGCCCGCUGGUACUCCUCCUCCGGGAGGCUAGACCUCACCCUCAGGGCCCUGCAGAGAGUGGCCUGGAUCAAUGGGAAGCGAGAAGAGGGCACCAAGCUAAGUAUGGAGGUGCUCCGGGCCAGUCUGCAAAAGGAGCUGACCAUGGGCAAAGGCCAGGCUUCCGCCUUGGAGUUGCUGCGCUGCCCCGCCCUUCGCCACCUCUUCCUCUGCCUCUCCAUGCUGUGGUUUGCCACUAGUUUUGCCUACUACGGGCUGGUCAUGGACCUGCAGGGCUUUGGCGUGAACAUCUACCUAAUCCAGGUGAUUUUUGGUGCUGUGGACCUGCCUGCCAAGCUGGUGGGCUUCCUUGUCAUCAACUCUCUGGGCCGCCGGCCUGCCCAGAUGGCCUCACUGCUGCUGGCAGGCAUCUGCAUCCUGGUCAAUGGGGUGGUACCCCAGGAUCAGUCCAUUGUCCGAACCUCCCUUGCUGUGCUGGGAAAAGGCUGCCUGGCUGCCUCCUUCAACUGCAUCUUCCUCUAUACUGGGGAGCUCUACCCCACAGUGAUCCGGCAGACGGGCAUGGGAAUGGGCAGCACCAUGGCCCGUGUGGGUAGCAUCGUGAGCCCACUGGUGAGCAUGACUGCUGAGCUCUACCCCUCCGUGCCUCUCUUCAUCUACGGCGCGGUCCCCGUGGCCGCCAGCGCUGUCACUGCCCUCCUGCCAGAGACCCUGGGCCAGCCACUGCCAGACACGGUGCAGGACAUGGAGAGCAGCCCCCAGCUCCUAGCCCUGGCCUGGACGCUGCAUACCCAGGACGCCGCUCUCCUGCCCUCCAGGAGGAGAGGAAAGCCAAGGCGGCAGGAGCAAGAGCAGCAGAAGCAGAUGGUCCCGCUCCAGGCCUCAGCACAAGAGAAUGUACUCUGAGCACUGACACGGGGCCUCACAGAGCCCGAAAGGGAGUGAGGGUCCUGCAGGUCCUGAGCCACCCACUCCGGGAAGGGAAAGAGGGAAAUGGCGGCCCAAGGCGGGUCAAGACUGUGGUUCAGGAAAGCACCUCCCAGGGGUCCCCGCCCUGAACAGACUCCACCAAGACCGCGUCAUUAAAAGGUUUGUGUGCAACAUCUCUUUUUAUCUCUCUCGUCUCAAAUGUAAUAGCCACUCCACAUCAGCCAGCGGCCCAAAAUUCAUACAGUCCAGUCCCCUGCCCUCAACCCCCAGGACUUUAUAAACCAUCCCAGAGAACUGGAGAAGAAUCUUUUACCUGGACCCGCUCCCCCGCCCCUACUUCCCACCCUCUUCCCUCCUUUCUUCUCUACCCCAUUCAAAUAUUUCUGUGAGUUUUAAAUAUCUUACGCUCCACCCCUCCCUAUCAGACUGGAAACUGAGAAGUGUCUGAAUAAAAGCAGCCAA